CUCACUCUGUUUUCGGUUUGACACAGUCCGGCCCUCGUUUCACUUGCCUACAUUUCCCAGCUGCUAUGCCCGCAUCUCUGUCAAUGCGCCUCGCGCCCCUCUCGCCGCCGUCGAGCGGGCGGGUCGCGCCGUCGCCUUCGCUGCUGCCGACGCACGGACACAUCACCGCCGUCGGCUGUCGCGCUAAUGCCCCGCCGUGCCCUCCUCCGCAGCUCCCGCCGCAGCCACACUCCGCCGGGCGCUUCUUCGUGGGGUGCCGCGCCACCACCGCCGCCACCUUCCAAAAACUUGACCCCGUCGCGGUGAGAGAGGAGGAGGCCACAUUCAGGAACGCGGCGGCGGCGGGGCACAACCUGCUUCCGCUCAAGCGAUGCAUCUUCUCCGACCACCUCACCCCCGUGCUCGCCUACCGCUGCCUCGUCAGGGAGGACGACCGCGAGGCCCCAAGCUUCCUCUUCGAGUCCGUCGAGCAGGGCUCCCAAGGCACCAAUGUGGGGAGAUACAGCGUGGUCGGGGCACAGCCUGCCAUGGAGAUCGUUGCAAAGGCCAAUCAGGUGACGGUGAUGGACCAUGAGAUGAAGUCUAAGAAGGAGCAGUAUGCCGCUGAUCCGAUGGAGAUCCCCAGGGACAUCAUGGAACAGUGGAAUCCACAGGUUACUGAAGGCCUCCCUGAUGCCUUUUGUGGAGGAUGGGUUGGAUUCUUCUCAUAUGAUACAGUGCGUUAUGUUGAGACAAAGAAGCUUCCAUUUUCUAUGGCGCCACAGGAUGACAGGAACCUCCCUGACAUUCAUUUAGGCCUCUACAAUGACGUAGUCGUGUUUGAUCAUGUUGAAAAGAAAACACAUGUUAUCCAUUGGGUGAGGGUAGACUGUUAUCACUCAGUUGAUGAAGCAUAUGAAGAUGGAAAAAAUCGGCUGGAAGCUUUAUUAUCAAGAUUGCAUAGCCGUAAUGUCCCAACUCUUUCUGCUGGUUCUGUUAAACUUAAUGUCGGCCACUUCGGCUCAGCACUACAGAAAUCAUCAAUGUCAAGUGAGGACUACAAGAAGGCUGUUGUGCAAGCGAAAGAGCACAUUCUAGCAGGCGACAUUUUCCAAGUAGUCCUAAGCCAACGUUUUGAGAGGAGGACAUUCGCGGACCCCUUUGAGGUGUAUCGCGCAUUGCGCAUUGUCAAUCCUAGCCCAUACAUGGCCUAUCUACAGGCACGAGGGUGUAUUCUUGUAGCAUCUAGUCCUGAGAUUCUUACUCGGGUGGAAAAGAGGACAAUUGUCAACCGACCACUUGCUGGAACAAUUAGGAGAGGGAAAACGAAAGCAGAAGACAAGGUUUUGGAACAGCUGCUGUUGAGUGACGAAAAGCAGUGUGCUGAGCAUAUUAUGUUGGUAGAUCUUGGACGGAAUGAUGUCGGAAAGGUAUCCAAACCAGGUAGCGUAAAGGUGGAGAAACUGAUGAAUGUUGAGCGAUAUUCACAUGUCAUGCACAUUAGCUCAACCGUUACUGGGGAGCUGCGCGAUGAUCUUACAUGUUGGGAUGCCCUGCGAGCUGCAUUGCCUGUUGGAACAGUCAGUGGUGCUCCCAAGGUGAGAGCGAUGGAGCUGAUCGACGAGAUGGAAGGGAAGAUGCGUGGUCCUUACAGCGGUGGCUUCGGUGGGAUCUCCUUCCGGGGCGACAUGGAUAUUGCCCUCGCCCUGCGGACCAUAGUCUUCCCGACAGGGUCCCGGUUCGACACAAUGUACUCGUACGCUGACAGUAGCGCGCGCCAGGAGUGGGUGGCACACCUCCAGGCCGGAGCAGGGAUCGUGGCCGACAGCAAGCCAGACGACGAGCACCAGGAGUGCCUAAACAAGGCAGCCGGCCUUGCUCGCGCCAUUGAUCUCGCUGAAUCCACAUUCCUGGAUGAGCAGUCAGUGUCAGUCUAGAUUUUCCUAGACGUCUAGGACAGAUUUGCCUCUUUUUUUUUCUUCUCCAAGUUCGGCAGAAACCUUCCAAUCCUAUUUGCUGUGGGUUCAUUGCUGCACCAAAUAAACAAUUGUAGCAACUGGAAUAAGUUCACUCAAUAAAAUGUACAGAAAAUAGGACUUUUUAACUGGUUAA